UUCGGUGAAAAAUCGGCGAAGAAGUGCUUCAACUCCAGUGCAAAAUGGAAGGCAGACAAACGCCCAACAACGAAGAGCAGCUUGUUAUUUUCCUCAAGAUUAUACAAGGAAUACGGUUCCACCAGGAUAAACCCUCGCGGAAGAUUGCAUUGAUCGCCUCGCUGGAUCACACCACCCUGAACACAAUCAGCCGGCGUCCGAUCACACCGGGUGGCGGAUCGGCUUCCUUCAAUGCAAGCAUCGUCUGGGCGUGCGAUCGAUUCUCGGUGAAGCGCAUGAAAACCACAAACCAACCGAUAAAACUGGACUGCUUCGAAUCGCUACCCGACGGUCGCCGGUCCCUCGUGGGCAGUGUCGUUAUACCGCUCCGUUCCGUUCCGGUUGUUCCGUUGAUCAGGACGAAGCAAAUUCAACCUCGCUGGUAUCGACUGAUCGGGAUCGAGACUGAACGCUGGAGACAACGCAAACCGGAACUACAGCUCCUCGUCAUGAUCACCGAUCCUCGCUACCUGCAAACGGACGAUGGCAAGGAUUCAUCCACAGGCGACGAGCUGAGCGAGGAAAGACAGGAAACGACCAUCUUCACAAAUCCCAGCGCUACGCGGCUACCGGAGGCAGUUGAGCUGCUGGAAGAUCGUGGCCUAUUGCAAGUUGGCAACCGCGAUAAGGAUACCGAUCUGUUUCUGCUAGAAAUCGUACUCAAGUGUGGUCGACACCUGGACCGGCUGGCCCCGGGCGAAAACACAUUUCAGCUGCGCUACCGAUUGCUCGGUGACCAUUAUGGACCGGUGGCCGAAAGGAAGGAAAAAGGUUCGGCCGUAUUUACGGUGCAGGAGAAAAUAUCCAUCAACGUGCGCAGCUCAAUAGCAGCGCUGGGGCACUUUUUGUGCGAUGAUUUCAAGAUUGCGGUCGAUGUGUUGCGUGAAGAUCGUGAACGACUCGAGGGAGAAGACCCGGUGAGGACCCCCGUGGGAACGACGGUGAUUGACUUUGUAAAUUUUUUAGUGGAAAAGGAUCUGCCGGCAUUUAAGGAAAAAUAUGGCCCACAUAAUGACACGCUGGCGGCCGUACGCAUCUUCCCAAUUCAAAACAUCGAACGUCUUGAGGCAGAUGGAGGAACAGGUGAUCAAGGCGAUGAGCUCCAGGUGGAACCGUCGUUGAAGUGUAAGUUUUCUCUUCGGUUCCUGGGAAGCGAUAUUUCUUGUGCCGCAGAAGGAUCGAGUGAAAUCAAGCAGCCCACCUCCAGUCCAAUGGAUGAUGGCGAUUGCGAGAUGAUGGUUUUUAGUACGAUGCAGGAGAAACCGUCGAAAACAUCCAUUGAGGAACCAACAAAAGAUAUGGAAGCCCAGUAUUCAGAACCGAAACAUCCGACCGAGCAAACCAAAGAAACAAGCGAGCGACACGAGAAAGUCGAUAUCGAUACGAUCCUUUUAACCGCCGAACAGGAUUUGCGUGAUAUAAGACGCACCUUUGCCUUUUCUGUCGCUAUCGGUGGUGUUAAGUUUAACGUAAAUCCAUCGGCCGGCAUGUGGCAGUUAACCUUGCAGCACCCGAAGGCUGAUACACCGUUCACAAGGACUGUGCUGGAGCUACUCCCGGAAACGAUUGCUCCCUCGGAUCGUAUAGAGUUUGGCGAUGUGGCACUUAAGCUAUUGUUUUCCACCCUUCCGGACGGUAUACUUGCCACUAUCGGAUCCGAACCAUCAAAGCUAACACUUAACGGUCCCCACGGUCUCUACGCAUACGCCUGGUUGGACAACGGCAGUCUGCUCGUCGGAACACGCGAAAAGCGAUCGAGCGGAGUGGUAGUGUUGGUGAAUGAUUCGGGCGAAAGCAUAGCGAUCGCAUCCGUAACCUGUACCCUGGAGGAAGUGGGACUAAACUACAACAGCCAACUACGUCCCGCGCAACCAUCCCGAAAGCCUUCUUCGCACACCAUACCCUCCAAGCAAGGCGCAGCAUGCCAACAUCACACUACCGGACGACCGUUCGAUGAAACAAUCGCCUACUAUCUACUCGAGGAACAGAAAGAAUGGAUGCGCAAGGAGCGCGAACGGUUCGCACAGGAGCUGCGCGAAAAGGAGGUCGAACAUCUCGAGAAGCUAACCCGUGAUUGGAAGGCCAAGCAGAGCAGAGAUGAAAAACUGUUGGCCGAUCAUUUGGCACAUGCGGAAACCCUAGUGUCGACGCUGGAAGAAGCACGCCGUACUCUGGAAGGACGGUACCAUGGACCCGAGCACGAUGCGCGUGUACAACAGCAGGAGAACCAAUUUCAUCAGCAACUAACGGCGAUACGGGCCAAAGCAAUUCGAUUACAGCAGGAGGCCGAAUGCCAAAUCGAAGCAACGCGCAAACAGUGCCUAGAGAUGCAGGAUCAAUUGGCUGAACAAACGUACCAGCACCAGUUGCUUCUAGAGAAGAACCGCGCGUUGCAGAUGGAGCUUGACGAGGAGCGAGAGCGAUGGGCGAAGGAAGAGGAAGGAUUACGGCGAGCACUUGAUGAAACGGCACAAUCGAAGACCUACUACAAGGAGCAGUGGGCUAAAUUAACACGGGAGCUGCAUCAGCUGCGCCAGGAGCUUGCCGUCUCGCGCACACCGUACUACCAGUCCUCAACAUCCCUCGUCAAGCGACCUAAGAAACCCUCGCCGAGGAAAACUCCAUCCACGAUGACGAAUUUUGAACGCUAAUUGUGUCUCCAAAAAAAAUUUGUUCUCCCAAAAAAAACCUUAAAAUAAGAUGUGUUUUUGUACCGCUACUCUCUCGAUAAGACUGAUUUAGGAUGUAAAAGAAUAUGAUCGAAAUCGAGGGCAGUUUUUAAAUUGUUAAGCUAUUGUGAUACUUAGACGCCCAGUGUGU